GCCCCUCAUAAACCCCCCUCCCCCCCCGCAGUCCGCCUGGGCUCCACGCAGUGCCAGCGCUGCCUGAUCACGUUCCCGGACGCCGCGUACGCCCUGCGGCACGCCAAGCGCGAGCACCCACAGGACUUCGUGCGGGCGGCCCUGCGGGGGGCUCAGUUCGUCUGCUUCGUCUGCGGCCGCCCCUUCCCCUCCUCCCGCGAUCUCCUCCGCCAUCAGCGCUCCCACGGCCCCCCCGCCCCCCCCGCGUACGCCUGCACCGAAUGCGGCCGCGCCUUCGCCCGCGAGGGGGCGCUGCACCGCCAUUACAUCCAGCACGCGAGGGGGGAGCUGUGCCCCCAAGGGGUCCCUGGGGGUCUUUGGGGGUCCCUCCCGUGCUACGCCUGCACCGAAUGCGGCCAAGCCUCCGGCCGCCAGGGGGCGCUGCACCGCCAUUGCAUCCAGCAGGCGAGGGGGGAGCU